AUGAGGUAUCCCACACCAAGCUCAACUCGCAGCCUAGCCAAGCUUCGCGCAUCUCUCACGAGAUAUACUGCGGUCCUAGCACCGACCACGGCAGUGAGGCAACAGCCAAGACAUGGCUUCUUCACUGCCGCCAAGCGCAAUGCACGCGCUGCCGCAUCGCGGUCCUCCAAACCCCUGGCGGUGGUGUUCAGUGGCAUGUUUAUUUGGUGGCUCUAUCCGUCAGAAGACUUUGCAAAAUUGUCAGACGACCCAAAGAAAUUGCGACUCAACAAACGGGGUAGAAUCGAGAGAAAAGAAACCGCGGAGAAGGACGACGGCAAUGAUGGAAGUGAUCAGUCGGCAUGGACCAACUUUGCGCGCCGUUUUGAGUCUUUCACAAUAGUGACUGACCUCGAAUGGUCAGCCUUGUCCGACACGUUAGCCGAUCUCAUCCUGCCGGACUGGUCAAAGAUGAUUCCCGGUUACAUUCGGAAACUCCAACGGGAGCUGUCCAUGUCGCCCGGCUCUCUGGCAGAUGAGAUCUGGAGAGAAGCCCACGAUCCGCUGGUCAAUCCUGAGAUCCGCUACACGGCCGAGGUGCGUGUCUCACAGGAACUUUGCAACGAAGAGAAGGAGUUCCUCUCGCGGCGCAAGAGGGUUAUUCGGAUGGCUCUGGCGCGGUAUCUCGACCUCAAGGAGGAAGAGAUACAUCCUGACGAUAUCCCGACUAUUGCCAUGUGCGGCUCGGGCGGCGGCCUACGAGCCUUGAUUGCUGGCGCAGGUUCAAUGCUGGCGACGGAGGAGGAUGGGCUGUUCGACUGCGUCACGUAUACCUCAGGGGUGAGCGGCUCCUGUUGGCUCCAAACGUUAUACUUAUCCUCCUUCACAAAGGGCCGCAUUGCGGGCCUGGUGGAGCAUUUGAAAGCGAGAGCUUCGACACAUAUCGCCUACCCCCCUGUAGCUUUCCAGUCGCUAGUCUCAAUGCCGACCAGCAAAUAUCUCCUGAGCGGCAUGGUGGAGAAGCUCAAGGGCGAUCCCAAGGCGGACUUUGGACUGGUUGAUGUUUAUGGCGUACUGCUCGCUGCGCGAUACCUGAUUCCCAAGGGCGAUCUGGCGGUCAACGAGCGAGAUUUCAAGUUCUCCAACCAGCGAGAAUACGUCAAGUUUGGUCAGAACCCAAUGCCUAUCUAUACUGCUGUCCGCCAUGAGAUCCCGGAUCUCAAACCCUCGAGCCCUCCACCAUCCGACGCAGCAAAGGAAGAAGCGAAGCAAGAAGCCUGGUUUCAGUGGUUCGAGCUUACGCCAUACGAGUUCUUCUGCGAGGAGUUUGGCGCCGGCAUUCCGACCUGGGCACUGGGUCGCCGCUUCAACAACGGAAAAGACGUACCUCCCGAGCAUGGGUUUCAUCUGCCCGAGAUCAGAGUGCCCUUGCUUCUUGGCAUCUUUGGGAGCGCGUUCUGCGCCACCCUCAAGCACUAUUACCAGGAGAUACAGCCAUUGGUGCGCAGCAUGACCGGCUUCAGCGCCCUCGACGAGAUGAUCUGGGGGAAAAGCGAUGACCUAAGCAAAGUUCACCCCAUUGAGCCUGCCAGCAUCCCCAACUUCGCCUACCAAAUGCGGGGCAAGCUUCCCAAGACCACGCCGGAGAGUAUCUACGACAACCCCUAUCUUCAGCUGAUGGACGCUGGCAUGUCUAACAAUCUACCCAUAUACCCUCUUCUACGGCCAGGGCGCAAUGUGGACGUUCUCAUCACGUUUGACGCAUCGGCAGACGUCAAGACAGACAACUGGUUAUCGGUGGCAGAUGGGUAUGCCAGGCAGCGCAAUAUCCAGGGCUGGCCUGUGGGUGUCGGUUGGCCUCAAGGUGAGUCCCCCACUCAAGCUGCAAAUGACUUGGAGGACGCGCAAGCCAAGUCUGCCCAGGAUGCACAGCAUCGCUUGGGCGAAGCACAAGCGGAGCAGAAGCACAUACAGCAAGAAAACCAGCAAGAUGGCUACAUGGCAAAAGAGUCCCAUGGCAAUGCCCAGAAUGAAUCUGGAGAGGACGAGGCCAGUGACCUCGGCCAUUGCACCAUCUGGGUCGGAACUACCCAGGAGCGCUCAUCAUCACCACCGCCGCCCUCCAAAGCCAUCACUGCGCCUGAUGCGUGGAAGAUCAUGGAGCCAGACGCCGGCAUCGCAGUGGUCUACCUGCCAUUGGUUGCCAACGACAAGGUGCCCGGCGUGUCACCGGGCACCUCGGACUAUCUGAGCACCUGGAAUUUUGUCUACACACCGGAGCAGAUCGACAACGUCGUUCAGUUGGCCCGCGCCAACUACGACGAGGGCAAAGAGCAGAUUCGGUCGACAGUGAGAGCCGUGUACGAGAGGAAGAAGAAGCUCCGCAUGGAGGCAGAACAUCAGAACAGGCAAGAGACAUACCAGGCACUGGCCAGACGGGGCGAGAAGGCCUUCCGUAAGGCCGGAGACCAAUUCAGCUGA